AUGUUCAACUUCUCGAACGCCAACAGCUCCACAGAUCAGUCGCUAUUCGUGUUCGGCCACGCCAGUUCCGCCGUCGAGAACGUCGCUCUGGCGUCCUCACCCACAAAAAUUGGUGGAAAGGCCAAGCUCACACCGAAACCGAAGAAGCCAACUACCAAGCUCGCUCCCAAGCCCAUCACCAUCCACAACCCGGUGGUCCUUCCCUCAUCUUCCCGACUGUUCCAUGAAGAGAUUGGGAAUGCCUCUUCGACCACCGAGCAUGAAACCCCUCGUCAACCUCCCGUCAGCCACCCAGCUGCGGAUACCAGCACCAUCAUUAGAAGGGCGCUCGAGGUGCACCUGAAAAGAAAAGCGGAAUGCAACGACAAAGACUGCGUCCGAUGUCCUCUGGCUCAGAUUUUGCGCGCCACUCUCGGCGUGACUGCUCCUCCAGAUAUGACUUAUUACAUUGAGGAGCUCCUAGACCAAGUCACCGACGUCGAAACUGACUUGACAUCGCUCGAGUUGCCGCACGCUGCUUAUACCUUUCUCACCAUGCUGAUCAGCCGGAUGUUCAAGGAGGACGUCGAGCUCGAACUCUUCAAUGGACGCGUCCAAAUCAUCAGGACCUGCUCCUGCGGUGCUUCCGACAGUGAGGAGCAGGCCAUCAUCAGCUUGACAGUACCAGCUACAGACGCUGCCGGCAAUUACGUUCGCAAUCUGUACCGGUCGCUCGGUAUGGGACUGAGCUCAAGGAAGAUCAGAGAUGCAUCUUGUCCCGGUAUGAAUCCCAGAUGCCAAACUCCCUCUGUCACAGCUACUACCACCAUCAUUGACGCCCCUCGGUAUCUCUUCAUCAAACUCGAGAGAGAUACAUAUGAGCAAGGGAAAGCAAGUCCCCCAAUGGAGCUGGACCUGUGGGACUUUGGAGUCAAAGACAGCUUCUACCAACCUUUCGCCACCCUCUAUCUGGACGACGCUCAUCACCAUACCGCCAUCUACCUCGACCAGGACGUCAUGCUGUACGACGACGAGGUGUUCUACUCGCGUGAUACCAGGUAUAGAGGGAAAGUAUACGGCUACCUCUACGAGAAGCAUCCCGCGAUUACUAGCCGGGUACUCGCAGCGAUGUGGCCAUUGAGGGGGCGGGCGGUCAUGAUCAGAGCUAGAGUAGGCAAGUCUUGA